CAUCCUUCAUCCUUCGCUUGUGCGCCUGUUUGACAAGGCCGCUGACACAGAACACCGCCGUGCCCGCCGCACUCGUUCGCUCGAUAAUACUCCGAUUGCGAUAGGCGCUCGCCACAAUCGAGUAAACACGCUAACGGCUGCGAGCGAUUAAUGUGCGCGAGCACUACGUGAGGAAAUUCACGCAGCGUGUGCAAGUGCCGAAGCGUUAAGUGCCCAGAAAGCCGGCCCAACGGUUUUGUAAUCAUGGAGGCUCUCAUACCAGUCAUCAACAAACUGCAAGAUGUGUUCAACACGGUCGGUUCGGACGCGAUUCAUUUACCGCAAAUCAUCGUCCUUGGCUCACAGAGUUCUGGAAAAAGUUCCGUCAUUGAAAGCCUUGUUGGAAAAUCAUUUCUCCCUCGUGGCAUUGGCAUUGUCACUCGGCGGCCGCUCAUUCUUCAACUGGUAUACUGUCCCAAGGAGGACAAAGAACACAGAAAUGCCAUGGAUGGAACUGCUGAGUUGGAGGACUGGGGUGUGUUUCUCCACGCGAAGAAUCGAAUAUUCCGGAAUUUCGAAGAGAUCCGUAAGGAAAUCGAGGAUGAAACCGAUAAAUUAGCCGGUGCCAACAAAGGCAUCUGCCCAGAACCAAUCAAUUUGAAGAUCUUCAGCACCAAAGUGGUGAAUCUCACCUUGGUUGACCUGCCAGGCAUCACAAAGGUGCCCAUUGGUGAUCAACCAGAAGACAUUGAGGCACAGAUCAAGGACCUGGUGCUGAAAUACAUCGCCAAUCCAAAUUCAAUCAUCCUGGCUGUGGUAACUGCUAACACAGACAUGGCUACCUCUGAGAGUCUGAAGAUUGCCAAAGAUGUGGAUCCAGAUGGCAGGAGAACUUUGGCAGUUGUCACAAAGCUGGAUUUAAUGGAUGCUGGCACCGAUGCCAUUGAUAUAUUAUGCGGGCGAGUGAUUCCAGUCAAAUUGGGGAUUAUUGGCGUUGUUAAUCGAUCUCAAGCGGAUAUUCUCAAUAAUAAAACUAUCAAAGAUGCAUUAAAAGACGAAGCUUCGUAUCUUCAGAGUAAAUAUCCCACGUUGGCGACGAGGAACGGCACUCCCUACUUGGCGAAGACUUUGAACAGAUUACUCAUGCAUCACAUUCGAGAUUGUUUACCGGAUUUAAAAACGCGAGUUAAUUUAAUGAUGUCACAAUUCCACUCACUCUUGAGUUCUUAUGGUGAAGAUAUCUCUGAUAAAGCAAAAACUCUUCUGCAAAUCAUCACAAAAUUCGCUUCGGCUUACUGCUCUACAAUUGAAGGAACAGCUAGGAAUAUUGAAACAACUGAAUUAUGCGGAGGUGCUAGAAUCUGCUACAUUUUCCAUGAGACUUUCGGCCGGACACUGGAUUCCAUUCAUCCGUUAGCCGGUCUCACAAAAAUGGACAUUCUCACUGCGAUUCGUAAUGCAAACGGGCCACGACCGGCUCUAUUCGUGCCUGAAGUGUCUUUUGAACUCUUGGUAAAGAGACAAAUCCGUCGUCUUGAAGAACCAUCGCUGAGAUGCGUUGAACUAAUCCACGAAGAAAUGCAACGCAUUAUUCAACAUUGUGGAAGUGAAGUACAGCAGGAAAUGUUACGUUUCCCAAAACUUUAUGAACGUAUUGUCGAUGUGGUGACACAAUUACUUCGUAGAAGAUUACCGACGACGAAUACAAUGGUCGAGAACUUGGUGCAAAUUGAAUUGGCCUAUAUCAACACAAAACAUCCGGAUUUCUAUAAAGAUAUCCAAAUGGUGCCGACAAUGAUCAAAAACCAAGAUGGCAACCGCGCUAAUCGACCCAAAAGCGUCAUGAUUAAUAAAUUCAACGAUAAUCCAGUGCCACAAGAAGAUAUGAUUAAUAGUUAUCCGAGUCAGGAUCAAGUUGAUUUCUUUAAUUAUCUUUUUCGCAUCUUGCCUGUAACUAGUUAUAACGAUUUCGUCCAACUGAUGCAGGCUCGUUCGAACAGCAAUCCGCAGCUGAAUGAUAAAGACGCCACUUCCUGGGUGUCCAAUUUGAUGUCCAGUCAGAAUCAGAGCAAGGAUUCGAACCAAUCGCCGAAUAGUAUCCCGGAUCACAUGGCACAACAGAAUGACGAUCUUCGGUCGGUGUUGAGUCCGGUGAAACCGGUUAAUUUGUUGCCACAAGUUCCGAUUAAUAGUAAUAACUUCAGGAAGCUCUCUGAGAAUGAAGAACACGACUGUGAGAUUAUUGAGCGUUUGAUUAAAUCUUAUUUCUACAUCGUGCGUAAAUCGAUCCAGGACACUGUCCCGAAAGCAGUGAUGCAUUUUCUUGUCAAUUUCGUUAAGGAUAAUCUACAGUCUGAGCUGGUGACACAUUUGUAUAAAGCCGAUAAUGCAGAUACCCUUCUGGAUGAGUCUGAGCACAUCGCACAGCGGCGUAAAGAAGCUGCGGAUAUGUUGAAAGCUCUGCAACGUGCCGCACAUAUUAUUAGCGAAAUUCGCGAGACUCACAUGUGGUAAAGCAGCUUUUCUAAGGUAUUAUUGGUGACUCAUCCAUUUUGCCAAAAAACAAGAAAUCACAGAUUACAUUUCGAGUUAGUAAUUGUUUUGUGCUCAUAUUAAGUAUAAUUAUCGACGGAAAACCAAAGAAAUCAUGCUUUUUCACACAAUCGUCAGACGUGUUUGUACUUAAAAACGAAUUGAAUUCCUACACAUCUCUAAAAUUUUUGGAACAAAAACGACGAUGCCAUGUUGAACGUACCAGUAACAAGUUAUGCAACCAAGAUUGUAACCUAGGACAUUGAUUGAUUGUUGAUUUGUUUGUAAAUAGAUUGUUAAGUAGCACUGUGUUAUUAGCAAUUACUUUUUUCACUGGAUGAAUUGGACAAAUUACUGAAUCUUUUACACGAUCGACUUUGUUUUGAUAUUAUUUUUUCGUUAUGGAAAUUACUUACUGGCUGGUUUUUGUUUUUCCCUUUUUCAUCGUUGUCACUCACUUUUCAUGUAGUAGACGAGUAGAUUUCAAAUAAAAUUAUUUCAAAAACUCA